CCACCACCACCACCACCACCACCACCACCACCAAUCUCUUUCAAUAUUCCGCACUACCACUACAACUAUUGCACCACCAUCACCACCACCAAUCUCUUUCAAUAUUCCACACCGCCACCACAACUAUUGCACCACCAUCACCAUCACUAGUAAGGUCACUUUUAAGCUUUUUGCCUAUACAAAGCUUUAGGCCCACUCUUAGUCCUCCACCACCACCACCACCACCACCACCACCACCACCAUUAUACGAAUACCUUUACUGCUGAUCAGUAUAUCUUAACGACCACCAUUGUCCUGUCCCUCUCAUGUUUGAUCCAUGGACUGGUUCUCGUGGCUGUCGAGGACAGGGCUCGAGCCCUCACUAGUCUAUGAGUAUGGCCUUGCAUUUGCUCACAACGAGCUUGAGGAAGAUGACAUCGUCUACUUGAACCAUGAUAUCCUCCAAAGCAUGGGCAUCUCCAUAGCCAAGCAUAGGCUCGAGAUCCUCAAGCUCGUGAAGAGAGAAAGAGGAGGGAGGCCACUCCCUAUCUCUAGGCUCUUUGCUGCCAUAAAGAAGACCAAGAGGUGCAUCACCAAGUAUAUUCAUGCAUGGCUCCAUAGCAAUGACUCUGCUCUUGUGGUAGUGCCAGGGCCUAAGUAUGGUAAUAAAAAGGAAAACUGGAAGGUAGGCUCAUUGUCAAGAAAAAACAGAGGUUUGCUUCUUUUGAAGCCGGGGAGAUUGCUUCUCACCGAUGGAGGCAGACCUAAGGCCUUGAAAAUGGCUACCCCUGAUUAUGCCAAAAGCCCUUCAAUAUAUGAAAGUUGCGAUGAAUUUGCGGGAGAUGAUCCUCGUAAGUCUCACGCAGUUGAAGAGAUUCGAUGGGCUUCAAUGUUUCGAGACCUGAAACCAACUUGAACAUUAUUCAAUUUACCUCAAGAAAAGGGAAAGUGUACUAGACACUGAUGGUGUAUGGCAAGCAUUAAACUGGAGGAGGAAUUCACUGUCCAUUCAUGAUGAUAGAUGAUGGAGUUGAACAGUAGUGGUCUCACAUUCACUAAGGUGCAUUAAUCUCCACCAUCUAUCACUGAGUGGAUGGAGGAUGCUUCUUUGGAGCACAAUAUGUUGUAUAUAUUGGUUUAUGGUACAUACUAUCCCAAAAAAACAAACUCUUGAUAUUCAGCAAAAGAGAAAAAGAAGACAUUGAGGUAUACCAGCACUGUGUGGCUUGUGAUUGUUUUUGAUUAAAUAUCUUUAUUUAAUACUUGGGUCAUAGGGUGUCCCACUUUACACAGCGGAGGCCAAGCUUUAAUUAUGAUUUGAUCCACUUGCUUUUGUAAUUUUACAUUUCUGUUGUGGUUUAACUAUUAUGUAAGAGCUGGGUUAUGAUUGAGAUGAUUGUAAUAUGGAUGGUUGAUUAGAGUCAACUACUGUCGGAUUUCCAUCUGUCCUUAGUGGGGUUUUGGUCUGUCCUCUUUUAAUUUUAAAUACAACUAGAUUUUAGAU